CUGUUUGCGUCAUCCUCCGUGAGAAUUAUAGCCAGACCCAGGCGGAGCUUUGUCGAUGCCUGUAACGUGAGAUCAUCCAGGUCUGGACACUGUGGGAGCGCAGUGAGGGACGGCGGGGUCAGGAAGGCGCACACUGCUGCUGCUCUUCCACCUUCCACAUUCAUCCCCUCCAUUCGCGGCUUCUAUCGGUCCAACUCUGAAAGACCUUCCAUCUGUCAACAUAACAGGAAGACGUUUGGGUUUUUGCGGGAUAGACAUCACACUCAAUCGCUACCUCCAUCGGGUUUCAGAUACUGUUCAACCGCUGCGAGGAUACAUAGAGCAACCAUGGCGCAAGAUAGAGACAUUCUCCCGGACACUGUCAAGCCGGUCAACUAUGAGCUGUCGAUCUACGACCUGGAGCUCGGCGGGGCCUUCUCCUACGCCGGCACCGUCAAGAUCGCCCUCGACAUCGUGAAGUCCGCCAAGGAGAUCGUGCUCAACACCCACCAGCUCGAGAUCCAGACCGCCGAGCUCUUCACCGACUCGGCGAAGACGGAGUCGUCGACGAAAGCAGACAAGAUCGAUUACGAUGAGAAGCAGCAGCGGGCGACCCUUUCCUUCGCGGAUGCCUUCCCGGCCACGACGAAGGCAUCGCUGAUCAUCAAAUUCAAGGGCACUAUGAACAAUACUAUGGCUGGCUUCUACCGCUCCCGUUACCUUCCGGCCGCGCCCCAUGUGCCGUCCGUCCCCAAGGAUGGCGACCAUGUCUACAUGUUCAGCACGCAGUUCGAAUCCAGCGACGCGCGCCGUGCCUUCCCAUGCUUCGACGAGCCCAACCUAAAAGCCACAUUUGAUUUCGACAUCGAAAUCCCGGAUGAUCAAGUGGCGUUGAGCAACAUGCCGGUGAAGAGCGAGGAGCCAAGCAAAUCCGGCCUGAAGGUCGUGACCUUUGAGAAGACUCCGAUCAUGAGCACUUACCUCUAUGCUUGGGCGUUUGGAGACCUCGAGUUCAUCGAAGAGCACACCGCCCGCCUGUACAAUGGCAAGAGUCUGCCGGUCCGAGUGUAUACCACCAAGGGUCUGAAGGAUCAGGCUCAGUGGGCGUUGGUCAAUGCCAGCAAGAUCACCGAUUACUUCUCGGAGAUUUUCCGGGUUGAUUAUCCCUUGCCCAAAGUGGAUCUUCUAGCGGUCCAUGAAUUCUCACACGGCGCAAUGGAGAAUUGGGGCCUCAUUACCUACCGAACAACCGCGGUGCUCUUCGACGAGAAGUCCAGCGACCAGAAAUACAAAGUCCGAGUGGCAUACGUAGUUGCCCAUGAGCUUGCCCACCAGUGGUUUGGCAACUUGGUGACCAUGGACUGGUGGAACGAGCUCUGGCUCAAUGAAGGCUUCGCCACCUGGGUCGGCUGGUUAGCAACUGACCAUUUCAAUCCAUCUUGGAAUGUCUGGGGACAGUUUGUCUCUGAAUCCUUGCAAACAGCAUUUGCCCUCGAUUCGCUCCGAAGCUCUCAUCCCAUCGAGGUUCCAGUCCGGGACGCGUUGGAAGUCGACCAAAUCUUCGACCACAUCAGCUACCUCAAAGGAAGCUCGAUCAUCCGCAUGCUUUCGGCCCAUUUGACUCAGGAGAAGUUCAUCCUCGGCGUCUCGAACUACCUGAAAGCUCAUCAAUUCGGAAACGCAAAGACCAAUGAUCUGUGGGCUGCUCUGAGCGAGGCAUCUGGACAGGAUGUUAAGGCGUUCAUGGACGCAUGGAUCCUCAAGAUCGGCUUCCCGGUUCUGAGCGUUUCUGAAGAGCCGGGUCAGAUCGGAGUGAAGCAGUCCCGUUUCUUGCUCUCCGGCGACGUUAAGCCUGAGGAGGACGAGUCCAUUUGGUGGGUGCCCCUUGGACUAAAGACAGGAUCUGGAUCGGCCGCUACGACCAACAUUCCUCUUACCGGAAGGGAGCAAACCCUGCGCGACAUUGACGAGACUUUCUACAAGCUCAACGCCGACGCAACUGGAUUCUACCGAACCAACUACACGCCUGAGCGGUUGAUGAAGCUCGGCCAAGCUCGAGCGCAACUGAGCCUCGAGGACAAGAUCAGCCUUAUCGCCGACGCCGCAGCGCUUGCUCAAGCCGGCACUGGCACCACCGCCGGAUUUUUGGCGCUGGUUGAGAACUUCAAGGAUGAGGACAACUACCUCGUCUGGAGCCGCAUUUUGACGUCUCUUGGUAAUGUCCGUACGGUAUUCGCGGAUAUCCCAGAUAUUUCGGAAGGCCUCCGAAAGUUCACCCUGAAGCUCGUAUCGCAAGCGGCGGAGAAGGUCGGCUGGGAUUGCUUGCCGAACGACGAGCUGCUCACCCUGCAGCUUCGUGCUCUCCUGAUCUCAUCUGCUGGACGUGCCGGCCAUGAAGGCAUCAUCGCCGGAGCCCAGCAACGCUUCAAGGCCCACAUCGAUGGUAUCCAACCCCUGCACCCCAACCUCCGCCUCCCCGUCUUCCGCGUCGCCAUCAAGAACGGCGGCGCGACCGAAUACCAGUCCCUCCAGCACGAAUACAAGACCACGACCUCCAUUGACGGCAAAGAAAUCUGCCUCCAAUCCAUGGGCCUCGUGCAGUCCCCUGCGCUCGCCGCCGACUUCCUCGCCUUCCUCUUCAGCGACGCCGUCGCCGUGCAGGACGUGCACUCCGGCUCCGCCUCCCUCGGCGCGAACCCGGCGACGCGCACCGCGCUCUGGGAGUUCAUCAAGGCGAACUGGGAGACGAAGGUGUACCCGCGUCUGAGCGGGAACAUGGUGGUGCUCGAUCGGUUCCUGAAGGUCGGGUUGGACGACUUCGCGAGCGCUGCGGUCGAGGAGGACAUCCGCCGGUUCUUCGAGGGGAAGGAUAAUAAGGGGUAUGAUCGCACGCUGAGUGUGUUGAGCGAUACGAUCAAGGGGAACGCGACAUAUCAGGAGCGGGAUCAGGCGGUGGUGAAGGAGUGGUUGAGCGCGCAUGGGUACAUGUAAGCUGCGGAUCAUUGCACUCAUUGCACACCUAUUGCGUGACGCAGGCACAGAAAGGUUGAGUUCCGGUAAAUAGAGCUAUCCAUUAUAGCUAUCGAGAAUAAAAGCAGGUGAACCAUGAUUAU